ACACACACACAUCGAUCCCACGCGCGUCAGCCGCUCUGGGCUGUCAGUUGGGCAAACAUGGCGGUAGACUUCACGGCCACCUACAAAAUCCUCGUUUUGGGCGACAGCAACGUAGGAAAAACCUGCAUCGUGCACAGGUUCUGCGACGAACGCUUCUACGACACGUACAUCUCCACCAUCGGAAUUGACUUCAAGCAGAAAAUUAUCAACCUGGACGGAGUGCCGGUCAAACUACAAAUCUGGGACACAGCGGGUCAAGAGAGGUUCCGCACCCUGACCACGGCCUACUAUCGCGGAGCCAUGGGGAUCCUGAUUAUGUACGACGUUACCAACAUGGACUCCUUCAACCACCUCUCUUACUGGUUUAGGAACGUCGAGGAGAACGCGUCCCCGGAGGUGGUCAAGGUGUUGGUGGGGAACAAGUGCGACGCCACGCACAUUAGGCAGAUCGAGAAAGAGCGGGGGGAAAAGAUGGCGGAGAGCUUCGACAUCCCGUUCUUCGAGUGCAGCUGCAAGCAGAACAUCAACAUCCAGGAGGCCUUCGUCACCCUCGCCAGGAAGAUCCGAGAGCAGAGGGAACAGAGGGUGAUCAUCUCUCCGCUACCAGGAAAAUUCGACGAGGGCGAGCGCCUACAAUGGGAAAAAGCUGACCUCAACCAAAACAAGCAAACGGCCUCGGGACAAUAUCGCUGCAACUGCUGAGACGCGCAUCUUUGCAUCGCUCUUCUCCUCUUUCUCCUUCCCCGUGUUUUUGCCCCGGACUGUUCCCGUCUGUUCCCAUUUUUUUUUUUUUCGAGUAAACUUUAAUCUUUUUACGACACCGAGAGUUCGGCGGGAGAGCAUCCGAUAAUAGUGCACGGGAGACGAGAAGUCAGCGCGGGUCGACGGGUGGCACGACGCCAACGUGGUCUACAACAUGGCGGAUCACGAUGCCACCAACGGACACCUGCAGUCUGUCUGCAACACGGGCGGCGCCAAACUUUUUACGGCGGAACUGACUUUGAAUCGAGACAACGAACCUGUCUCUCUUUCUAAUGCUUCGCGACCUAUAUAACACUGGCUUUCGUUGUUUGCAUGUGGUUUGUAUCGAGAAUGAAUCACGCAAUGGUGCAUGCGGCCAAUUCCGCGAAGUAGCAUUUUGACUUCACGGGUUUCUUUGUUUUUAGUUUUCGGCAUGCACUCAGAUGGAAGUUGAGGCUGCCGCUUCGUGGAUAGCUAAUGUAAAUCGUAACCCUCCUUAUGUCCUUACAGAAAAAAAAAAAAAGAAUAUUUUGUUUAGCAUGCACGUGACUAUCUAUUUAGUACAAUAUUACCGUUUCCUUUAAAUGCGAGCGGAUGAACGAAACAAUAUACUUCUUUUUUUAUGAAUAAAGAGCGCGGUUACGUCGCGUUGUGUUGUCGUUACAGACAUUAACAUUCCCCGUGUAACUGAGGUGUAUACGUACCACAAAGCCAGUGUGCUAAAGUUGCGAUUGUACAAAUGUAGCCUGUAAUCUUUUUCUUUUUUUUUAACCUUUAAUUUUAGUUUAAACGCCGCUUUCGCGUCAUGUGCUCUUUGGACACCUUGUAAAUAUGUCUAGGCAAGUACGUACGUAUUAUAAGCGAGAACAGGCGGACAUACUUUGCGAACGUAUACUUACUAGGAACUAAGUUCCCGCCUGGCUUCUUCUAGCCGAUUUUGUUUUAUAUAACGGUGCUCAGAGACAGCGGGCAAGGAACCAAAAAGGGUGUCUUGCCGCUUUUAAAGCACACCACCCAAAUAAGAAAAAAAAAAAUAGAAGUUUUGCUACAGACACGAGGCACCGACUUAAGAGUUGUCAUUCCUUCGUUAGUCGAUCGGGGGCUUCGAUAAACAUUUGCGUGCCUCAUAAAGAAAAAAUUCGUUCGACCUAAAAAAAAAAAAAAAAGAAGAGGAAAACCUAAUACGCUAGUCGGCAUAUAACACGUAGAGGGACCCUUUCAGCAACGCUGUUUCUUGUAAUGUGCCGGUCAGUACGAUACACUGGCGUGUUCGUGAAUUUUGAAUGGCAGAUCUCGCGAAAUGAAUCCAGUAAUAUGCGGGUCUGCACAUUCAGUGUGCAGGCACGCAUGAAGGCAGCCUCUUCCGUAACAGCUGCGGGAAUGUUGACGAAUAAAAUGUUUUUUUCCCACUG